AAUAGCUCCUAAUUCUAUUAUUGUUUUUUGGCUUUUCAACCUCGAAAUUUACAGUAAAUGUGCGCACAUUCCAUAAUUAACACUUAGUCCUUACUGUAUAAUCAAUAGUGCAAGUCUAUAACGCUAAGAAAGUGGAUUUACAAAUAUCGUACCGGUGAAUAAAAGUGCUCGUUAUGGCGCCAAGAUAGUGGUUCAAGGGAUUUUCGUCGCUACGUGCACUACAUAACUGCUAAAGUGGCGUAUACUACGGUCCCGCUCAGUGAGCAGUGCUACCAACAUUCACACAGCAACCACAAGCGUCGUUUGGUUUAUAAUCUUUGCAUAGCCCUAACGUACGGAAAAAAAAAUGGAAGAUAGUAAUAGAAGUAAUGGUAAAAUAAAAGAAAGUGAGACCCCUCUGCCAGCUAAGUCCAUCAAGAAUGAUAAUAAGGUGGAAGUGCGAUCCUCAGCAUCACAUAAUGUAACGACGAGAAAAGGCUCUGCUGUAAGAAAGGAGGAGUUGAUUUCUACGUCGAAGGAAACUUUACGCAGUAUUAUUCAAGAGGAAAUUAACUCGGCUUUCUCCAAUAUUAAUAAUACACUUAUGGAACUGAAGACUGAAGUAACUGUGUUGCAAAAUAGUGUAAAGUUCAUGACUGAAAAGUAUGAUUCUAUCAUUGAACGAAUAUCCUGUGUAGAAGUAAAGACCAAGAUAAUAAAUACACUCGAGAUGGAAGUAAAUGACUUGAAAGGUCACUUGAAAGUGCUUAAUGAAAGUAUUGAAAAACAAGAGCAAUGGGGAAGGCGGUCCAACAUUGAAAUUAUAGGUCUACCAGAAAAAAAUGGUGAAAACUUGAUUGAAACCCUCUCUAAGCUAGCUACAUAUGCUAAAUGUCCUUUCAACGCGCAGACUGACAUCGAUUUUGUGACUAGAGUGGCUCACCUAAACAAGGAUCUCAAAAAACCAAAGCCAGUGGUAGUCCGCUUUCUAUCCAGGUAUAAGAAAGAUGAGUUUUUAUCCCACUUGAGAGAUCAAAAAGAUCUAAAAGCCUGUGACAUUGGCUAUACUGAUAAAACAUCUCGGAUUUAUUUUAAUGAACACCUAACAAGUUCCAAAAAGAUGUUAUUAAGCAAAGUGAAGAAGUUAGCUGAAGAAAAGCAAUACAAAUAUCAGGAAGAAUGA